GGAAAGAAAAACCAAAAAUAAUUAAAUUCCAUCAAAAAUACCAAAAAUACAAUGAGAGAGGUUCAAAAUCAUCUUCACUAUGUUUGUAAGCUAUCAACUUUCUUCACAAAACCAAUUGUCUAUAUUUUUCUCCUUUUCUCGUUUGCUAUUGCGGGUUACCUCUUUUCUUCGCCCAAUUCCUCGGAUCAUUAUCAUUUCGAUAACAUCGUUUGUGCCAAGCCCGAAUCCGCCCAUGCCGUGCGCAACAAUCUUAUUGACGCAUUCUUCAAUGGUGCAUCUCCAUACUUAAACUUCCCUCCAAAAGAUGUGGCCAAUCUUUUAACUCCAGCGAAAAUUAGUGGUUGGGGGUCAAACAAUGCAGUUUUUGGUAAUCUCAUGAAGAAGUACCGACCGAAGAUCAUCAUUGAGAUAGGUACUUACUUAGGAAUGUCUGCCAUACACAUGGUGGAAUUAUCUAAAGAGUUGGGCUUAGAUUCGCAAAUAAUUUGUAUCGAUAAUUUUAGGGCAUGGCCAGGAUUGGAUAUACCGAUGAUAAAUGGUGACGUAUUGUUGAUGUAUCAGUUUAUUCAAAAUUUGGUUCAUAAAAAUGUAACAGAUUCAGUGGUUUAUCUUCCUUACUCAACGACAAUAGCUUUGGAUAAAAUGUGUACGAUGGGAAUAUAUGGAGAUAUGAUUGAAGUUGAUGCGGGUCAUGAUUUUCAUUCAGCUUGGACUGAUAUUAAUCGGGCUUAUAAGAUUCUGGCACGUAACGGUGUAAUUUUUGGGCAUGAUUACUUCAAUGGUGAAGAUCAAUUUGGUGUAAGAAGGGCAGUGAAUUUGUUUGCUCAAGUUAAAGGUCUUCGAGUUGGAACUGACGGUAAACAUUGGGUCAUCCAUCCUCGUUAAUUUGUAGUCAAUUUAGUUUUUUAAUCAUGUUUUAAGCAUAAAGUUAUCUACUGAGGACCUAGAUAGGUAAGGUCUGAUUCCUCACCUUCUUUUGGUGUUGAGAUAAAUGGAGUAUUGGAUAAUAUUGACUAAUUUGUAACAUAACUUUAUAUAUGAUUUUAUAUUAAAAUGGUGGAAAUUUACACCAAA